AUGAUUCGAACUUUGUGUUAUUUGUGUACAUUGAUUGUAAUUGAACUGACUAAAUAUAUAAAUUCUCAACAUCAAGGAAAUUUCAACUCUGAUUCUUACCUUCCACCACAACCCAUUCAACAACAACAACAACAACAAGUUCAAUCUUAUAAUUAUCCUAUUUAUGGUUACAAUUAUCCCCGAUCAUCUCCCUCUUAUCAAAAACGAAAUCCCGACAAUAAUGUGUUUUAUCCAAGUCAAAAAUCAUCAUCAAAAAUUCAAGAGAACUAUUAUACAAAUCCCGAAAAUCCAACAGGACGGUCGACAUCUCAGUGCAAAUUACAUAUUAACUGUCCAACUGCUAGAAAUCGCGUUACUCUAGACAUCCAGGGACCAGCCGGUCCACCUGGUCCACCCGGCAAACAAGGAUUAAAUGGACCAUCAGGACCUCCCGGUCUACCCGGGCCAAGAGGACGCGAUGGUUAUGUCGGAGUUAAAUCUGCCUUUUUUGCCGCAUUAAAUGGAACGUUUGCUUUACAAGAUGAUACAGCUAUUAUUGUAUGGGAUGAUAUAAUAUUGAAUUAUAGUGAACAUUUAAAUAAAACAACGGGAAUCUAUUUUGCACCCAUUAGUGGUUUGUAUGAAUUUAGUCUAACUGUAUGUGUUCCAGCCAAUUAUAUUGCAAGUGUUGCCUUAUGUAAAAAUAGUGAAAAUGUCAUUCCAUUGUGGGUUGAGGGAUAUUUAACGGGUGUUAAAAAUCAAAAAGUACCCGUAUGGAAUACAGCGUCAACAACUGUCGUUUUAUACUUGAAUAAAGGUGAUCGGGUUUAUGUACGUGCACAAUCACGAUCUGACAAUGAUUAUAACUUCAAAACACAUUUGUACGGUUGGCGAUAUUCAACAUUCGGAGGCUACUUAAUACACGAAGAACUUUAG